AUGGUAAGAAUAUCAUCUACAUCCACAUCAAGCAGCUUCAGAACUGGUAGUGAGUCACCACCUUCCAAGAAAACCAAAAAGAAGUCAGCUGCAAGUUUUCAUCUACAAGAAGUUGAACUGAGUCUUGAGAACUCUUGCCCCCUUCCCUUGGGUGUGAAUCAGAAGACCAGUGUUCACAGCAAUAUUGGGGAGAAGCUUAUCCUGGAUGUGACUCCUCAAAACUGUCUCAAAAAAAGAUGGCUCAAGCUGCUGGACAUGAGAUAUUCCAAGAGUCACUCCAAGAUAUCAACAGUUCCAACUAAGAUACCAACCAACCAACUUCUUCUCUACUUACAAAAUAAUUACAGCAUUGACAUUGACAUCAAACGCUGUAUCCUUGAGAUGUCUGAGCAAAUGGGGAGGAGAUGGGUGAGUUUUCAGAGGACUGGUCAGGUGCAGGGUAGUGGACAGAGGAUAAUUGACAUGGAGAUGCUUGAUACCAUUGAAAUGAUCUUUAUCAAAGAACCUUUCAUGUUCAUGGUGACUGAUGGAUGCCGAGAGAGUGCGAGUGGAACUGGACUGUGAUCAUCUGAUGAAAUCUGGUCAAAGCAAUAUGUGAUUUAUUUUCCUUCAAGUUCUGUUUAUUCUGGAAAUGUUAAUAUUGGGAGAAAUUGGCGAAAACGAAAUAUAUCUCUUGUGUUGGGG